GACACCUGCCUGGGGAGGCAGCAGCGGCUGGGCGGAGGCUUGCAGCACCUCUGACACCCGAGGAAGAGAGGGAGGAGGGAGAGCGCGUUUCAUCAUCAGCCACCACUUAUAAAAACUUUUAGGCGCUCACUCUCUGGCUCAGUCCGCGCGCCGCGCUCCCCAUCGCCCAGCUACCGCUACAGCAGCCCGAAGCCUCAGAGUCCUGUAGAAUCUGACCCCCUGUCUGUCGCUACAGCCUCGGCCCGGCCAGGGGACGUUGCCUCUGUCACAAUGGGGCUCCUGCCCAAGCCCGGAGCUCGCCAGGGUAGCGACACCUCUUCGGUCCCAGCCACACGCUGCUCCCGCUCGAUCUUCCGCAACAUUAAGGUGUUCGUGCUUUGCCAUGGCCUCCUACAGCUCUGCCAGCUGCUCUACAGCGCCUACUUCAAGAGCAGCCUCACCACAAUUGAGAAGCGCUUUGGCCUCUCCAGUUCUUCCUCGGGUCUCAUUUCCAGCUUGAAUGAGAUCAGCAAUGCCACCCUCAUCAUCUUUGUCAGCUACUUUGGCAGCCGGGUGAACCGCCCACGGAUGAUCGGCAUAGGGGGUCUCCUCCUGGCUGCAGGCGCCUUUGUCCUCACCCUCCCACACUUUCUGUCGGAGCCCUAUCAAUACACCAUGACCACUGCUGGAAACAGUAGCCGCUUUCAGACCAACCUUUGUCAGAAGCCUCUGUCAGACCAGCAGACCAGUAAGUGCCACAGCACCGUGCCAGAUACUCCAAAGGAGACCAGCAGCAUGUGGGGCCUUAUGGUGAUUGCUCAGCUGCUAGCCGGUCUUGGGACAGUGCCCAUCCAGCCAUUUGGCAUCUCCUAUGUGGAUGACUUUGCAGAGCCCACCAACUCGCCUCUGUAUAUCUCCAUCUUGUUUGCUAUUGCUGUGUUUGGACCGGCUUUCGGAUACCUGCUGGGUUCAGUUAUGCUGAGGAUAUUCGUGGACUAUGGCAGAGUGGACACUGCGACAGUGAACUUGAUCCCGGGUGACCCUCGAUGGAUCGGAGCCUGGUGGCUGGGCUUGCUCAUUUCCUCAGGCUUCUUGAUUGUCACUUCUCUGCCCUUUUUUUUCUUUCCUCGAGCAAUGCCCAGAGGAGCAGAGCACUCUGUUAUCGCAGAUGAAACAAUGAAGAUGGAGGAGGACAGGUCAAGAGGCUCCCUCAUGGAUUUCAUUAAACGGUUCCCCCGCAUUUUCCUGAGGCUGCUGAUGAACCCCCUCUUCAUGCUGGUGGUCCUGGCCCAGUGUACCUUCUCCUCCGUCAUCGCUGGCCUCUCUACGUUUCUCAACAAGUUCCUGGAGAAGCAGUAUGGCACCUCGGCAGCCUAUGCCAACUUUCUUAUCGGUGCUGUGAACCUUCCUGCUGCAGCCUUGGGGAUGCUCUUUGGAGGGAUCCUCAUGAAACGCUUUGUUUUCCCUCUGCAAACCAUCCCCCGAGUGGCCGCCACCAUCAUGACCAUCUCCAUAAUCCUCUGCGCCCCUCUCUUCUUUAUGGGAUGUUCCACCCCAGCCGUGGCUGAGGUCUACCCCCCCAGCACAUCAAGUUCUAUACCUCCGCAGCCUCCUGCUUGCCGCAAGGACUGCUCGUGCCCGGAUUCCAUCUUCCACCCAGUCUGCGGAGACAAUGGAGUUGAGUACCUCUCCCCUUGCCAUGCGGGCUGCAGCGGCAUGAACGUGAGCUCAGCAGCUUCCAAGCAACCAACCUAUUUGAACUGCAGCUGCGUGGCUGGGGGAUCUGCAUCAGCAAAGACGGGGUCAUGCCCUGUGUCCUGUGCACACUUCCUGCUCCCAUCCAUCUUCCUCAUCUCCUUUGUGGCGCUCAUCGCCUGCAUCUCCCACAACCCGCUCUACAUGAUGGUUCUUCGCGUGGUGAACCAGGAUGAAAAGUCAUUUGCCAUUGGGGUACAGUUCUUGCUGAUGCGCUUGCUGGCCUGGCUGCCGUCUCCGUCCCUGUACGGACUCAUCAUCGACUCUUCCUGUAUCCAGUGGAACCACCUGUGCUCAGGGAGACAAGGGGCAUGUGCAUAUUAUGACAAUGACGCUCUCCGAAACAGGUACCUGGGCCUGCAAGUGCUCUACAAGGCUCUGGGCACACUGCUGCUCUUCUUCACCAGCUGGAGGGUGAAGAAGAACAGGGAAUACAGCCUGCAGGAGAACACCUCGGGCCUCAUCUGACGUCAUCGCCCC